ACAAGCGCGAUGCAAGAGCCAGGCUCAGGGUAAGCAAGAACACUGCGUCUAAUAGCCAGGAAACACCGUUUGCAAAGCUUAGGAUGCUAGAGACUAACAAGCGUAAAGAGUUGCAGAGUCAAAGCAUGAGCGGUCUAGCGCAGCUGCUCAGCGAGGAGCCGGUCUCGGAUGCGACAUGGCUCCAAAGGCGCGAGCAGCCCGCGAGCCUGCCCGAGAGCGUGGUUGCGGCGAUAGUGGGACGCCUGCCCGACCAACGCGAGGCACUCGCCUGCCGCCUGGUGUGCCGCGCCUGGGCCGCCGCCGCCGCCGCCAGCGUACGCCACUUGCACCUGCCCUGCAAGGCCCUGGCGGCGGCGGAGGCUGUGGCGGCGGCGGAGGCUGUAGCAGCGGUCGAGGCCGUAGCCCUGGCGGCGGAGGCGGCGGCCCUGGCGGCGGAAGGGGCAGCGCAAGCGGCCGCGGGGGAAGCGGUGGAGGCUGCGGGGAAAACGGCGCCAAGCAACGGCGGCAGCUGCGGCAGUCAAGGGGGCGGCACCGGGGGUCUUGCAGUCGAGCGCUGCGGCUCGGGCGGUAUUGAGGACGCGAGGUUGAUGCUGCAGGCCGCGUGGGGCGGCGCCGCCGUGCCCAUUGUUGCAUCGGCCGCUACCGCUGCUGCUACUGCCGCCCAUGCGUCUGCAGCGAACAGCUGUGGCGGCAGUAGCAGUGAUGUGCUACUGCGCGGCAGCAGCGGCCCCGGAAGCUGCGGGGGUUGGGAGGGCAGCGGUGGCGAUGGAGGCGCGGCGGCGGCGGCGGUGCUGGCAGAGGUGCGGCGGCUGUGGCCGGCGGCGGAGGCGGUGACGCUGAGUGGCCUGGCGGCGGGCCAGGCGCUGCUGACGUCGGCAGCCGGACACGUGCAGCAGCAGGCGAGGCAGCAGGGGGCGCAGCAGCAUGUGCGGGAGCAGCAGGGAUCACCGCAGCAGCAGCAGCCGCAGCAGCAGCCUCAGGAGCAGCGGCGGUUGCAGCAGCGGGCACAGCUGCAGAGGGAGCGGGAGUGGGAGCAGCAAGCGCUGCUGCUGGCAGGCGCCAGCGCCGCCACCCGACCCCUGCUGAGCAUGCCUGUAAUCGCCAGCCAACUCAGCCGUUGGGUCAACCUCCGCGAACUAACCAUCCGGGAUCUGCCCGUACAGCCGCUGCACUGGCUCGGCCCAAGCGGCGGCGGCGGCGGCGGCGGCGGCGGCGGGAGAUGGGGGCCAGCCUGGGGCAACGGCAGUAGCAACGGUCCAAGCGGCAGUAGCAGCAGCCGCGCUGGCUUCAUAAGCAGCGCUGCUACUGCCGGGGCCGGGGACGGGCAUGGGGCCGGGGCCUGGUCGCUCGCGCCGCUGGCGGGCUGCCCGCAUCUGGAGCGCCUGGAUCUGGAGCUAGUGCCCGGCCUGGAUUCGGAUCCGUAUUUGGAUCCAGGAGCCAGCGGGCCUGGAUCCAGGGUCUUGAUGAACGGUCCGCCUGGAUCCGGGAUUCGGGCGACGGCCCGCGCCGCCGCGCUGGCGCUGGGCCAGGCGGCGCUGCUUCUGGAUCUGGCGGCGCUGACGUCAUGCCCUGUACGGCACCUGUCCGUACGACUGCUGGACGUACCGCCGCCGCCACCUGCGGCGGCGGCAGCGCUGCUGAGCUGGGCCGAGGCUGCGGCUGCGGCGGCAGCGGCGGCGGCGGCGGCAGCCGUGUCGGAACGGCGAGAGCGGCAGCGGGAACAGCUGGGGACGACAGCGGCUGCGGCACGAGUGGCAGGCAGCGGGGAAAAGCACACGGGUGUGGGUGUGGGUGCGGGUGUGAGUGGCAAGGGAGUGGGAGAUGGGAGCGGUCCGGGGACGGGCGGGGGGCGGCCUCAGCAGCAAGAAGCGGCGGCGGCGGCGGCGGCGGGGGUGGUGACGGCGGCGGAUGGGCAAACAGCAGCAGUGAUUGCGGCGGCGGCGACGGCGGCGGCGGCCGUGGCAGACCAUGACGGCGACCAUGGCCUGGAUCUGGAUCUGUAUGAUGAGGACGAGCUGGUCGCGGACUUGGAUCUGGAUCUAGACAUUGGCGCGGCGGGAUCCGGCGCGUCAGGCGGGGAGGACGGGGGCGAUGGCGAGGUCGCGGAUUCGGCGAUGUUGGACGAACUGGAUCCAGACUGGGGCUCCUCCGCGGAUCCUGAUGGUUACGCGGCAGCUGCCACCGAGGAUCGGCACGGCGGCGGCGACACUGGAGGGGUGGCGCCGCCGGCGGCAACAGUGGAGGGACCUGACGAGGCCAGUGUGUCCGAGCGCCCGGGUGCCCUUGCACAGGCGCCGCCGCCGCCGCCGCCGCCAUCGGGCAUGCUGAAUGGCAAGCGCCGGGCUCGGUUUGCGUCCACAGCCGCCGCUGCCGCCGCGUCCGCCGCUGCCGCCACCGCCGCUGCGGUGCCGGCUGGCGCGGCGGUGGCCGGCGGCGGCAGCGGUGGCGGCGGCAGCGGUGGUGGGGGUGGCGGUGGCGGCAGCGGUGGUGGCGGUGGCGGCGGCGGCAGCGGUGGUGGCAGAGACGCGGGCGCGCUGUCGCGUCUUGACCUCACGUCAGAUCUCCGCCGGCGACACAGGCGGCAACGACCUCCCCAGCACCAGCACCCGCACCAGCACCAGCAACCGCACCCGCACCCGCACCCGCACCCGCACCCGCAUCAGCCCCCUCAAGGUCUGCCGCGAUCUCAGUCGCCGGUGCAGCCCGGCGUGGCUGCCCCAGCAGCGGCAGGGGAGACGGCGGCGGCGGCGGCGGCGGCGGCGGCGGCGGCAGUGGCGGCGGCGGCGGCAGCGGCAGCGGCGGCGCUGCCCCCACACGCCGCCAGCUGGGUGCCACACCCUUCCGUCUUCACACGCGCCCCCGGCGGCGGCGGCGGCGGCGGCGGCGGCAGCGGCAGCGGCGGCGGCAGCGGCGGCAGUGGCGGCGGCGGCGGCGGCAGUGGCGGCGGCGGCAGUGGCGGCGGUGGUCUGGGGCCGCGGCUGCGGAGCCUGCGGCUCAGCGGCGGCGUGUGGCUGGGCGGCGGCGGGGGUUUGGCGGCGCUGACGGCGGCGGCGCCGAACCUGACGCGCCUGGAUCUGGGCGGCGGCGGCGGCGGCGGCGGCGGCUGGGUGGCGGUGGGCCAUGCUGACCUGGCAGCGUUGACACGGCUGCGGCAGCUCAAGGAUCUGUCUUUGUCGCGUCUGGACCUGGUGUAUUCGGACGGCGACGCCGACGACUGCCCCGUGGCGCUGAUGGAGGAGCUGGCGGCGGCGGUGGAGCGGCUGGGCGGGCUGAGUUCGCUAAGUCUGGAUCUGGAUCCUGACUGCUCCUCCAGCUCCGGCCUCCACUCCGCCUACCUGCUGCCGCUGCUGCAGCCGGACCUGCCGCCAGGCGGCGGCGGCGGCGGCGGCGGCGGCGGCCUGGGCGGCCUGGGCGGCCUUUGCGGCCUGUGGGACGGUGGCGGCGGCCUUGGCGGCGGCGGCGGCGGUCGGCUGGCAGCGUGCCUUCGCAGCCUGAGCCUCGGCACCCUGGUGUGUGACUCGGACUACUGCUUCCGCCUGCUGGCGCAGCUGACCGCCCUCACCGCCCUGGCCCUCAGCCCCUACGUCACGUGGCCGCUGGCGCUGCAGUCUGAUGACCUCAGCCUGUUGGCGCCCCUGACCUCCCUCAGGAGGUUCACAAUGGCCGCCGCCCCCGAAGAAAGCGCGCACCUGCUCGCCCUCAGCGGCGCAGUGGUGGCCGCGCUGGCCCCUGCCUGGCCGCAGCUGAGUACACUGCACUUCAGCGGCCGGAUCGCCCCCGACCUCAACCUCCGCCGCCUCCACCAGCUGCGGCACCUACGCCAUCCCGGCCCCUCCAACACCCACUCCGACUCCUCCGCACACCUCGGCUCCAGCGCUGGUGCUACAGCCGCUGUGUCGGCUGCUACAGCCGACGCAACUGCUGCUACAGCCGACGCGCCGCCGCCUGCCCCCUCCUUCACCGCCCUCGCCUCCUGGACCUCCCUCCGCGACCUCAGCCUCACAGCGGUUCGCGGCGGCGACGAUGACGACGAGCAGGAGCAACAAGACGAAGGACAUAACAACUAUCAACAACUUCAGCAACAAGGAACACGACGAGCACAGGAGCAGCAGGCCGGGAAGCGGCGACUUAUGUACAUCGGUGAUCCCUUUGAUGACUCCGAUGAAGAGGAUAGUAUUGAUGAAAGCGGAGGCAAUGGUGGAGGGGUUGGAACGGUGGAGGGAAAUGGUGCCCGCGCCGCUGCUGCUGCCGCUGCUACUGCUACUGCCGUUCCUUUUGAUGGUGGCGUUGGAUGCAGUCGCGUCAGGUGCCGCCGCUGCGCCUGCGGUGAGCGCAGGAGCGCAGGGCGUAUGGCAGCGGGAGCGGCGCCGGCGGUGGUGGCGGCGGCUGCGGCGGCUGUGGUGGUGGCGGCAGGGGCGCGGGCGACGGCAGCGGCGGCGGCGCGUGCGUUCGGGGGACGUGCGAGAACGGCGAAGGGAGGGGCGUCGGCAGUGGCAGGCGCGACGGCUGCUGCUGCUGCGGUGGCGGUGGCGGUGGCGGCAGGGGUCGUGGCGGCUGGCACCGGCGCUGCUACAGCCGCCCUCAUCUCCGUCCGGCGCUGGCUGCGCCUCCGGACCGGCAGUAGCAGCAGCAGCAGUAGCAGCCGUGGCGGAGGCGAGGCUGCAGGUGGCAGCCAGAGUUGCUACUGCCACUGCCACCACCGCGGCGCCCCGGCGCCGGAUUCGGAUCCGGAUCCCGCCAACCGCCGGUUCCGAAACCGGCUGGUUGCGCUCUACGACGACGAGUGGGACGAGCGGCGCCAACUGGCGGCGGCGGCGGCGGCAGCUACUGCGGCUACUGCCGCUACUGCUGCUACUGCCAACGAGGGGCUUGGCCCGCUGCCGCUGUCUCUGGGUCCCGGGCUGGACGGCUGCCUGCCUCCCAGCCUCACGCGACUGAGUCUGACAGGGCUGCGGUUGCGCGCUGCGGAGCUGGCGGCGGCGGCGGCGGCGCUGACGCAGCUCACUUCACUGCAGGUGUUGGACUGCGGUCUGAGUUCGGACCACUUCGCUGCUGUGGCGGGGGCCGGCGGCGGGCUGCGUCAGCAGCUGCAGGUUUUGGUCCUGCACGAUAGCCGCCCCUGGAGAGCAUGCCGUACGGGCAACCGCAACCGAAACCGAAACCGAAACCAUGACCGUGGCGACCGGCGACUUGGGAAGGAUCCAGAGCCAGAGCUGCCGCAACAUGCCGGCGGCAGUAGCAGCUGCGGCGGCGCUGGCGACAGCGGCUGUAGCGACACCUGCAGCUGCUGCUGCGUGCCAGACCCUUGGUGCACGCCCCGCUGCUACAGCCGCCGCAGCUGCUACAGCCGCGUCACCGGCGCCGCCGUCAACGAUGUGGACGUGAACGAUGGCGGCGGCGGCACCGCAGAACGUGUCAGUGGCGGCGGCGGCGGCGGCGACGGUGGUGGCGGCGGCAGCGGCUGUGGCUGCUGGCAGCGGCGGCUGCUGGCUCGUGCGCUGUCCGACCUGGGCUCCAUGACUCAGCUGCAGUUCCUGAUGCUCGGCCUGCCAGACGACUUCCUCGCCGGCGGCGCUGCGGCCGCUGCUGCUACUGCCACUGCUGCUACUGCCACUGCUGCCACUGCUACUGCCGCUGUUGCCCCUGAGGGUGCCGCUGCUGCGGCGGCCCCGGGGCCAACGUUGGGCCCAGCGGGCGGUGGCGCGGGGGCUGGCGUUUGCGACGGCGGCGGUGGCGGCGGCGAUGGCGGCGGCGGCGGCGGCGGCGGCGGCGGCGGCGACAGUGACGGCGGCGGCUGCAGUCAGCGGGCGCUUGUGUCGCUGCUCGGCCGACUGACCAACCUGCGCUGCCUCACUCUCAAGGCCCGCGGUCUGGCCUCCGCCGCGCCGCCGCCGCCCGGCCUGGCCGACUGCCUGUCCUGUCUGACGGGGCUGCGCAGCCUCCACCUGGAGGCCUCGCCUGCGCCCUCCCCCUCCUUCCCCUCCGCCUCGGCCGCCGCCGCCGCCGCCGCUGCCUCUUUUACCGCCGCCUCCGCUGCCGCCGCCGCCUCAGGAGGUGGGAGUGGCGGCGGGGCGGCCGGGCCGCCUGCGACACUGGAGGAGGCGCUCGCCACCGUCCGCCGCCGGCUGCCGCUGCUGCCCUGAGGGGCGGAGGGGCUGCCUGCGACACUGGAGGAGGCGCUCGCCGCCGUCCGCCGCCGACUGCCACUGCUGCCCUGAGGGGCGGAGGAGGCGGCGGAGCGUGGCGCGUGCGCCUGCAGCUCCCCGGCCCGGGGACAGCUGGAAUGGGAGGGGGCGGUCUCACCCAUUGGGGCCCUCGGGCGAAGCCCUCAGGGGGCAGACUACAGUACAGUGGAUGGUCCCUGGGUUCCUGGGCUGUCGUUUCGCUCUUCUUGUCAUGCGGCAUUCGUGCUCGGUCGGACUCUCCCUUCUUGUAGUGUUGCAUGGGGUGCACGAGCGGGUGUCGGUGUUGACGUCGGGCAAUGCCGGUGUGGGCAUGGACGCAUCAUGCAUGGAGCUCGGUGUCAAUCGCGUCACAGUCCUGGUGUCACGCCGCGCCGCUGCGCCCCGCCACGCCGCGUGUGGGACUGGGGGCAGCUGCGGGCGUGUGCGUCUGGACUGGACCGGAGUGGCUGAUGCGAAGGCGAGAGAGCAGAGCAGAGUAGCAGACGCACUGGGACGAAAUGAGGAAAUCAGGAGUGGCAGGGGAAAUGAGGAGUGGAAAAACUACAGGGCUUGGCUUAUGGGUCUGUCAGUGGCAUACGGUAAGGUGUUUGGCUGUGGGCUGUGGGCUGUGCGGGUGGUGUGUUCAUGGGCGUGGGGCAGCGCCAGCUUGUGGUGUUUGCGACUUUGCGGACAAGCACUGGAGCAGCAGUGAGCAGACGCAGACCCAAGGCCUCCUGCCCAUAGAAGCCCCAGCGCCAGCGUGUGCUGCUAGGCGCGUGGCAGCCGACCGGCCGACUGGCCGCAGGCCCUUGUGGCUCUUCCUUCUUGGCUUGGGCACUAACACUGACACUAACACACAGUGCGCGCAACACGCUCUCUGGACAUCCUCACCAAGCCCAUUACCCUGUUCAAUCGCCAUAACGC